AUGACGCCCUUCGGUGUUCGCCACGCGUUUGAAAUUUCGAAGCUCAGCCAUGGAAGAGUCGAUAAGCGAAAUCUGAAGCUAAAAUUCUACAGCUAUAAUUAUAGCGCCAUUUUGGUGAUUCCUAUUCUAUUUUUUUCCGCCAUUUUUUGUCCGAACAUAUUCCACUGGGAAAUGGCGACUGGGAUAAGUUUCUUUCAUUCAACGUCCUUCGUUCACCCGCUUUGUCUUUGUAGAAGAGGGAUCAGCGAAAAGAUUGUGAGGAUGAAGCUUAAUUCAUCGAGUUUCGCGGGGUGGAGACAGAGGACAACUUUGAUUUGUGCAGUCAAGAAGGAUGCCGAAAAAUCAUUUCAAAGAACCCUGGAAGUCGAUAGACUCAUAGACAUGCUAAGAGAUGCCAACGAUAAAGAACUUCAGCAGCUUGUUGCAGAGAAUGUUUUUGCUUUUAAUGAGGAUUUUUGGAUACGGCUUGCAGCUAAGACAGAAACAUGCAAAUCUGAAGAUGACAAAAAAGAUUACGAAGAAUUGGCUACAGUAUUGAUGGGUGUGGUGGAUCGUCUUGUGCACAAGACUAAUGAAAGAAUAGAUUCGGCUACAGAUGUGCUUAAGGCAAUUUUAAAACCCGCUGUUGAUGAAGACGAAGAAGUAACUUGGCCUCCUAGAGACCCUGAGGCUCUCAUUCUCAUGCAGAAAGAACUUCACCAAAGGGAGCAAGAAGGUCACCUUGAUGAGAGCUUUCUUUCAGAAGUUAAUGCACAGUUGCGGCAGGCAAAAGAAGAUGGUGAUAAACCAGGGUUUGAAGCUAUGCUGCAAAAAGUCCUGCAACUGUAUGCUUCCCGAGUCCUCUCCAAGCGUAGUUAUGCCAAAAAAGGGGAUGAGAUAUUGAAAGCUGAGCAGUUUCUUGAGACAUUAAUACAAGCUCCGGAAACGGAAUGGAAUAGGCUACUAAUCAAUGGAUUGAACAUCGGUAAAGGCAACAUAUCCACUGAAGAACUAUAUGCUGUCAUAAAGAAACGUAUGGAAAGGACAUUGAUAAGAACAGAGGGUGGAUCUUAUCAACAGCGUGUUCUUAUCGAGUACCUCAAAGGCAUCCAAUCGAGAGCUGAGGAGGUUGAGAAAGCACUCAAAGGUGGUACACAAUGA